AUGGGUGGCGGUGACGCCUUCAGCGGCAAGGUCUCUCAGUCGGGUGGGCAGCAGCCGUUUGGUGGGCACUCAGCACCCGAAUCCACGCAUGCCAUGGACACCUCCUUCGGGGGCGACAACAGCGGUGGCACUGCUGGCAGCGGUGCAACCAACCCCUCCCCCACACCCGUCACGCCCCGUCCGACUACUCGUCAUCAGACUAUGGAGUUCUUUGAGCUGUGCACAGAACUCAUUACGACAUUGGCUCGGUGA